AUGAAUCCGACGUCAUCUAUUGAUCUCCUCCUCCUCCUAGAAAUUGAUCUGUUAUUCAGCUGUCAAAUAUAUAAUUGGUACAAGUGCAAUUGUGUUUUUGUCGGUGAUUACGAUAAAUACGCUCAACGAGUAUCGGAUUUUUUUGACGAUUUGAUAAAGUGCAAUGCAGUACCAUUAGCUUUGAUCGAUUGUGGUUGCGAGGAUAAGAAACUGCAAACAGUUAUAUCUAGAUCUAGAGAAAAGGAAGUUUUCAAAGAUGUUAGGAGAAAGAAGAAUAUUCGUCAUGUGCAAUGCUUAUUCGAAGCUGAUAAUGCUAUAGCUACCGUAGCAAGGAUAUUGAAUUGUCCUGUAUCGAGUUAUAAUUCAGAUUUUUAUGUGUUUGGGACAUUGCACAUACCGUUUGAUACAUUGGACAAUUACACGGUGAAAAGUUCAACUGGAAAUGGUUACACGAAACGUUGUAAAAUUUAUAAAGUUGAACACUUAUUAAAUUCUUAUAGAGGUUUAAGUCAAUCUACACUGCCAUUAGCUGCAAUAUUACUAGGCAAUGAUUAUGUAAAACGUGGUACAUUUAGAAACUUCUUUCGUUAUUUAAAGUUACGACGAAUAACAAGAAAAAGGUAUAGUAAUCGACAGUAUUGUAUAGAAGCAACUUUACAAUGGUUGAGCGGAUUUUACAUCUUGGACAAAGCAGUCAUUGGAAUACUAUGUAGAUCACCUAAAACCGAAUAUGCAGCUCGUGCCACAACACAUUCCAUAAACAGAAUUUUUUAAUUUGAUGGAGAUGUUAAUAGUCUAAUGUACAUAGAAGAAACUGAUAAAAAUGGAGACUUUGAAUCAUCCGAAGAA